CGCCUUGGCGGAUUACUGGAGUCAUUCACUGCGCUGCCCGGUGCCGGGCCCAGGGCUCCGGCACCUGGCGGAGCAUCGCGUCGCCGCCAUGGGCGCCGCUCCAUGCGGCAGCGUAGCGUGCGUGGCGAUGCAAGGACAGCAAGGAAAGAAGCGGGCCUGGCCACACUGCCUUCGCGCAGCGCAGAUGCGGCCGCCUGGGUGAUCCAUGAGCAGACGCGAAGAACGGCGUGGAGUGCGGCUGUCGGGUCUUUGUGGGAGAUGCUGUGGAAUAGAUUGGUGCCCAACGUGAUCACGUGCAACAGCGUCAUCGCGAGCACCACCAAGUUCGCAGGCGCCUGGAUUGUUGGGCUGUACAUCUUGGAAAGCCUUCGCGGUCGAUUGGAGCUGAACCCUUCGAGCUUCAAUGGACUUCUCCCCUCCUUAACCUGGUGGAGCACCCUGCAGCUUUGUAACCUCAUGGCUUCGUGCCACGUGAGCGCGGAUGUCAUCAGCUUCAGCAGUAGCAUGCGAGCCCUUGAUGAAGUCGAUUUAUGGCCUCAUGCACUACAGCGGCUGGACGAGAUGGAGAUGCCGAAUGUGGUGAGCUACAGCAGUUGCGGCCAAGGCCGGUGGCCCUUGGCCCUGGAGUUGAUGCAGCUCUCGAGGACGUCCAGGUGUUUUCCCACUGAACGAAGCUUAGGGCAUUGCAUCAAUGCCUGUCGGAAGGGUGGGCAGUGGCAGAUUCCGCUGCAGAUGUUGACGGAGUUGGAUCAGCAUCGCCAAGGCAAUGUGAUUUGCUUCAGCAGCGCCAUCGACGCCGUCACCUUCAGCGGGCGUUGGGACGUGGCACUGGAGCUCUUGGCGCACAUGGAGGACCAGAAGGUGUUCGCCAAUGACAUCACUUACAACGCUGUGCUGAACGCCUGCGCAUCGGUGGGGCAGCUGGACAUGGCCCUGAAGCUUUUGGAGGUCAUGGAGGAGCUUCGUUGUGCCAACGUGGUGAGCUACAGCAGCUGCAUUGCCACCUGUGAGAAGGGCGGCCACUGGCAGAUGGCGCUACACCUGCUCUCCAGGGGCGAGGGGAGGCGUUGGCCGGCAAAUGCUGUGAGCUACAGCAGUGCCAUGAGCACCUGCUCGAAGUGCAGCUACUGGCAGGUCGCCAUUAGCUUGUUGGCCUCGAUGAUGGGCCAGGCCCUCGCACCAAACACCAUCAACUUCAAUUGCGCACUGAGCGCCUGCGAGACUGGUGCCAAUUUGCCUUUGGCUUUGAAGAUCUUGGACACCAUGCGAGCGAGGGCAGUGCCAUAUGAUGUGAUCAGCAUCAACAGUUUGCUGAACGCCUGUUCCACCACCAACGACUGGCGCUGCUCAUUGGAUUUGCUGAUCGGUGGUGGCCCCACGGAUUCGCGGGUGAGUCCCAACCAUAUCAGACCUGGUGGCAACCACAAGAUCUUGAUUCUUCUUGCCAAGAGUGGUGUCAGAUUUGUAGCAUUCUGCAGCAAACCAAGCGCAUUGGGUCAAAACUCACGCGUUGAGUGUGUGGUCUUCGUUUCAACAGCGCCAUUGGCGCUUGCACUGGGAGGCAUUGGCCUUGGUCUUUGCUUCUCCUCGGCACGCAGCGCGCGGCAUGCUUGGCGCGCAGUUUGGACUGCAGUGUGGCUAUGGAAGGCCCACACCUCAGGAGGGUGCUCUUUGGCAAUCACUGGAGGCACCAACCUUCGAAGGUCCUUUUGCCUCAAAACUGAUCCCUAGCGCCCCAAGCCGUAUUUGGGCUACGCCUGGCUGCAGGGCCCUGGCACCGGAUGCACAACCGUGCUGUUGGAUUGUUCGCCCUAGAACCGUCUCUGCCACGCCAUUCGCGUGCGCCAUGGGAAGGCCUUGCGCAAGCUCAUUCCUGGCAGAUGAGCCUCCAGCUGCUGGCAGCCUGGUCAGAGGAUGUGACGUUGACCAUGCUUUCGUUGGGCGCCGACGCCUGCGCGGUUUCCGCGCAGCACGGGUCGACCGCGGAGCUGCUGGGGCGCAUGGAGCCAGACCUUCAGCGCAUCCUGCGAAUGAUCCGCUGAACAGCUGAUCAGCGCAGGUUUUAUGUGUCAUGUCGUUUUACAUUAUAUAUAUAUAUAAUUAGACUUGCUUGGCAGUGCUGGAUCAUAGCUAAGAGCUGAAACACAUGGCAUUUUGCCUCCUGAGAGUUCACAUGCUCAUGUAAGUGGUUUGCCC